AUGAAAUCCAUAGACCUGUUUUGUGCCUCACCGGCUGCCACCGCCAUAUGUUCAAGCAUGGACCAACGCGCCACUGUACCGCAUGGCAUGAAGGCGCUCGACCGCCAUAUUCACUGCCUUGGCGACCAGCCUAAAAGCACACCACCACCACCUUGUUCAUCCCGACUCCCCAUUGAUCCUAGAACUCAUUAUCAAAAAAACAGAAAAAAUUCUUCUAAGCAAAGUGAAUUAUUACGUACAAAAAGCUCAGCUGAUGUCAAUGACCUAGGUUCUUCAAGAUACUUAUUGAGUGAUAAUCCAUUUCUUAAUUUCAUAUCAGAUUCUGAUCGCAUAUCAGAGACAGCCUUGGUUCCCAUUAAUCAGCCUGUUAGGACCAAACAUAUGGAUUCGGACGAUUUUCCAGUUUUCAAGUCUUUGUCCACUCGAUCGUACGAGUCUCCUAGGAAUAUGCCCGUAAAGCAGUAUCCGGUCUUUAAAUCUUCGCCAAUAGGCUCGAAUGAAAAUAUGCUCGUAAAGAAGUACACUUCUCUAGCGGAUAAAUCUUCGCCAACACGCUCAAAUGAUACAACUGAUGCCCCAGAAAAGCUUCCUUUAAGACACUUAAGUGAUCCUCUUCACGUUCCCAAAUCUUUAUCAACUCGAUCAAGUCAUCGUGAUUUAAAAGUUGUUGAAUUAAGGGUGUCAAUCCAUUGCAAGGGUUGCGAAGGAAAAUUGAGAAAACAUAUCUCUAGAAUGGAAGGGGUGACAUCAUUUAAAAUAGAUUUGGCCACCAAAAAAGUGACAGUAAUCGGGAAAGUGACACCUCUAGGCGUACUCACGAGCAUUUCCAAGGUUUAUGUUUGA